GAGGGAGCAAUCAUCAUUCAGAGAUGGAUGAUAAUGUUUGUAAAAAGUUGAAGCAUGUAAAGCAAUUAAUCAUGAGAUAAGCUUGUGGGUAUUUUAUUUUUCUUUAAAUUUUGUAAUGCAGUUUUUCAUGGUGAAGGCUAAUUAAAGUCUAUAGCUUUCAAGAUUUGAGUUGGUUGGGGCGCCAUUGAAGUAAUGUCCAACCAACGGAAAGUGCAAGUCAAAUGGUUGAACAACAAGGUAAUGAAUGUAGCCAAGCUGUGGAGAUUGUGGCCCACAAGCAAAUGACCUUUCAAACUUCGCAAAGCCGCAACUAGGCAUGGAGCCUGUUCAGACUAAUAAUUAUUAAUAACAGUAAUGGCAAGUGGGUUGAUAAAGAAGCCUUCUUGUCUUUCUGUCACCCAAAGUUGUUUGCCUAAUAGGCUCCCAUUUCCACAAGGAAAAACGUUGCAGAAAUUUAGGUAAUGGUAUUUAAUUAUAUAAGUAAAUAUUGUUAUCAAAUAAAAGACUUUGGAAGAAUAAAUUCAAUAGAUAUUGUUAUAUCAUGGUGGUGGGGGUAGGUAUAGCUUGUGAACACGUUUUGGCUCUUAAGAAGAUAAUAGAGGAUUUAUUUAUUUAGAAUGUGAUGAACGAGGAACAAAAGGAGAUUUGACAACAUUAGUUGAGGAGUUGGAAUUUGACUUCCAAUUUUCAUAGUUUCAGUUGCAUUCGUUGCCUUGCAGUACAAGAUAUCAGAAUUGAGUUCAAAUUCAGACAAUCAGAACUAAGUUCUAUUUACCCCAUAUAAUAAUUAAAAAAAAUUGUAAUUGAUGAUCCGUUAGAACAAAGCAGAAGACUUAUGAAGGGAUUGAAUAGUUGACAAUUGUUCUGGUUUACUUGGCAGCUAAUAAUUUAGACUUUAAAUAUAAAAGACAAGUCAAAAUUCUAAUAUUCCAGCUAAAUAGUGAAAAUUUAAGAUUUUUCUUCAUAAUUUUUUCUUCCUUUAUCAAUUUUAAUCAUUUGUUUAAAUUUCAAAGCUGCCAAACUGUACUAAUUAAUGCACGUUGAUAUCUCACAUGAGAACAGGAAAAGCUGUGUAUAUGGUAUUUCUUUAUGAUCUCUUUCUAAUGGCAAAGUUAUAGAAAACAGAAAAUGAAUUUGACGAUCACAGCAGAAGAACUAAUUAUACUUUAUUCUUAAUUUUCUGUUUAUUAUUAUAUUAUAUUUUCAAUUUUUAUCAGUACUUUAAUAAUCAAAAGUGUUCAUAUGCUUGGCUCUGCUUCAACUUCUCAUAUAUGUCCAUUUUCCCACCUGGGUUUUGUCGAGAUAAGCUUCUCUUGCAAUGCGAUUUUUUUUUUUUUUUUGAGAGCUGAGAAGCUCCAAAAUACACUUGCUUUGGUUUCUCCGAAGACCUGUCUGUAAUUCUUCUAUACGAUAAUGAUUUUCUGCAAUAAUUAAGGUUUUUCCAACUGCAAUAUUCUCAAGCUUAACUUUGAACUGUUAUCAUUAGCCAGGUUCAAAACCUUAUAUAGAUAAUGACUCAAUUUCUAUACUACUUUUAACUGAACCCUGGAAUCAUCCUCUACAUAUGCCUCGGUGUGAAUUGACGAUAACGAGGUAUUGAACAUCUGAAACAUAGGUUGUGUCUAUGAUGAAUAGGCACAAAACUUAGGAAACUGUGAAAGAAAUGUCGGCUUCUGAUCAACCAAAACAAAAUGAGUCAAUACUGUAAGAUGAUUCUGUGCCUGUGACUUGACACACUCUUUAAAGAACUUAGCAAAAAAAAAAAAAAAAAAAACUUAUCAAACGAUUCAUUUUGAUCAAGUUAUAGUCAGUUUCUGAAGAUCCAACAAAGAAAUCCAGGAUACCGACAUGCGGAUAAGGAAGUUUGAACUGUUCUUGAAGGCACUGACACAUAUUACUGUGUUUCUCCUGAUCACAGAAUGUCUUGGGAAAGAGUUGUCUGAAACUGAAGCUUUUUUCAAGUUCAUCAGAGCUGUUGAUCCCCAAAAUGUGCUACAAGAAAGCUGGAAUGGGACAGUGCCGCAUCCCUGCUCAAAUAAGUGGAAGGGCGUCAACUGCAAUUUGCAGACUAAUACUAUAGCAGAAAUCAGGCUUGAAAAUUUGUAUCUUAGUGGGAUAAUUGAUGCAGAUUCCCUUUGCAAGCUCCAAAAUCUUCAGGUUCUAAGCUUAGCAAAGAAUCUCAUCCAUGGAAAUAUUCCUCAUUCAAUUUCAAAAUGCAGAAGCAUCACGUAUUUGAAUUUAAGCAGCAAUCUUUUGACUGGGAGAGUGUUUGUGGAUCUAACCAAGUUGAAACAUCUCCAGACUUUGGACAUCUCUCGCAAUCAUUUUACAGGUGCUAUCCCUCUUUCCAGACAGGGAUUCAAGGAUCCAGAUGAAGAUGUCAUGAAACAAAGUGCAACUCAGACAUAUAAUCUUCGAAAAUUGUUAAGGGCCGUGGAUCAUGAAGCUGUGGGUGAUAGCAGCACGGAUUAUGGUGAUUCGGAGCCUCCAAUUGGUAGUGAACCUGCAGAUUCUGGCAAAAACCCAUGGUACAAGCAACUCUUUGAAUUGAUGCCAUUUAUUCUUGGCAUUGCUAUUGUCAUCUUGUUCUUCGUGGUGGUCUACUUUGUGACUAGGAAUGUUUCAGAAGCGGCCAAAGAGAAGGAGAUCCUGAAAUCUCUAGCACAUUCUCCUAAGAAUAGUCCUCCACCUGUGCACAAAGAAGAUAUAAUAAAGCCUGAUGAAGAAGGACGUUCAGAGCUUGUGUUCUUUGUUGAAGAGCAAGAAACUUUCAAAUUGGAUGAUCUCUUUGAAGCCACAGCUGACUUACGGAGCCAGACCCUUUACAGCAGCCUUUAUAAGGUGACACUCAAGAACAAUGCUGUUUACGCUGUCAAAAGAUUGAAGAAACUGCAGGUUUCCUUCGACGAGUUUGGCCAAAUCAUGAAGCAAAUAGGGAACUUGAAACAUCCAAACAUUCUACCUCUGGUUGGCUACAAUUCUACCAGUGAAGAAAAACUUCUAAUCUACAAGUAUCAAAGCAACGGAAGCCUUCUAAAUCUGCUAGAGGACUACAUCGAGGGCAAGAAGGUGUUCCCAUGGAAACUUCGUCUGUCUAUAGCAAGCGGCAUUGCAAAGGCCUUGGAUUUCAUCUACCAGAAUAAAUUUCACAACAAGGGGACAAUUUCUCAUGGAAAUAUCAAGUCUUCAAACAUACUCCUGGGCGAAAACGACGAACCUCUAAUCAGCGAGUACGGCUUUACAAAAUUUCUAGACCCGACGAAAGCUUCCUUGUUUUCAUCCAACGGCUACACAGCACCUGAGAAAACAUCAUCAGAGCAAGGAGAUAUAUUCAGCUUUGGGAUAAUUCUUCUCGAGCUACUAACAGGAAAAACAGUGGAGAAAAGUGGAAUUGAUCUUCCUAAAUGGGUGAGGUCCAUGGUGAGAGAAGAAUGGACAGGAGAAGUUUUUGACAAGGAGGUUAACAAUGCUGCAAGAGAAUCUGCAUUUCCUCUGUUGAAUAUUGCCCUGAAAUGUGUAUCAAAUAAAGCCGAAGAUCGACCAUCUAUGGCAGAAGUGAUGGAGAAGAUAGAAGAAAUAGUGAAUGUACAUGAUGAUGUGUCUAUUUCAUCCAUGGCUUCUCUAGAAUCCAGCCCACAGGAUUGCUGUUUACUUCACACUGUCAUCCCUGAAACCUGGGACACUCCAGGCUCAAAUUAUUAAUGUAUUGGUGCAGUGUUUUUGUUUGGUGUAGUUUUUUUGUUAUGCAUGAAGGCCUUGAAUGCUAGAAUCUAAUAAACUUACUUGUUUCUGUAUAAGCCUUUACGCAAAGGCUGAACCAAUGUGCAUAGUUUUUCUUUUCUUUUCUUUUCUUUUCUUUUCUUUUCUUUUUGUAACUUGUAAAAGCUUAA